AUGGCCAUCGCUUCUUCUGAACAGUUCCGGAGCGACUUGGUUCAAGUGAGUAAGCUGGCUACAGAUUGUAUGUCCCAAACAGGGCUUGCUCCCGAGGCUGCCGAAAGAAUUUUACAAUGUCUUGUUCUCACAACAAAAGGCGGAAAUAUCCUACGUGGCCGUACUGUUCUUGACAGUGGCUGGAUGCUGAAUGGUCAAAAUCUGUCCCCAGUCCAAAACGAGGACUUAAAAGUACUUGGGUGCCUCGUCGAACUACUCAGCGCUGCAUAUUUGAUCUGGGACGAUAUUAUGGACGGAUCUUUAACCAGGCGUGGCCAGCCAUGCUGGUAUCGCCGCGAAGCUGUUGGCAUGAUGGCUAUCAACGACGCGUGUCUUGUGAAAUCUGCAAUUUACGUCACGCUCAAGGAACGCUUCCAUGAACACGAAGCGUAUAUAGACCUUUACGAGCUGUUUGCUGAAGCAUCCCUACGGACUGAGCUUGGACAGCACUGUGAUCUCAUGUCUUCAGCAAGGUUAGUGGAGCUCGAUCAGUUUCGCUGGGAUCAUUAUGAGUUUAUCACCAUGCACAAAACAGCUUUCUAUACCUUUUACCUUCCCGUGGCCAUUCCUCUUGUUUACUUGCGCAUUGCAACAUCUGCGAAGCUAAAGCAAGUAUAUGAGAUAUCAAUGCUGCUGGGCCUUGUCUUUCAGGCCCGAGAUGACUUUCUGGAUGUCUAUGGGGAUGAGAAAGUUACUGGAAAGAUUGGUACCGACAUCCAGGAACACAAAUGCAGCUGGCUUUCAGUCAUGGCCUUACAGCAUUGCAACGAUGAACAAAAGAGCGUAUUGAGAAACUGCUAUGGUUCCACGAAUGAGGAUGAUGUUGCAAAGGUCAAAGGCAUCUUUCAAGAGCUGAACCUGAUCAAGAUCUUUUAUGAUUGGGAUAAGGAGAUGUUAACGAAGAUCAACACCAUGGUCAACGAGAUGGCAGAUCUACCGUUAAAGGAGGUAUUUAUAGAGUUCCAGUCAAAAUACUUUCGAGACCCGCGAAGGAGUUUAACCCAGUCCAUUGCAAAUGAUAUUGUUACCAAUCAAGCACUUGAGAGCCAUCUGAAUGGCUGA